CAUUUUGAGCCGACGGCCGGGCAGCCGCGGCCCAGCGCGGGGCUCUGAGCGGGGCCGGGGCGCGCGCGGCGCCAUGGACGUGCGGCGGCUGCGGGUGAACGAGCUGAAGGAGGAGCUGGGCCGGCGCGGCCUGGACACGCGCGGGCUGAAGGCCGAGCUGGCCGAGCGGCUGCAGGCGGCGCUGGAGGCCGAGGAGGCCCGGCGGGGGCCCGGGGCCGGCGGCGGGGACCAGGCGCCCGACGGACACUAUGGUGUCGACAACAAUACUCAUCAGAAUGACCCCCAGGGUUAUCAGUCCUUCGAGCACUGCAAUAUUAAACAGGAGAACGAAUCCAAGUAUGAGAGGAGAUCUCUAGAUCAUGAGCGUCCGGUCUUACACUCAGAGAUGAAGCCAGAAGUAAAGCAAGAAGAACCAGCUCCUGGCUAUAAUGUGCCAGCUCCUGGCUAUAACAUGCCGGCUUCUGGCUACAAUGCCCCUAGCUACAAUGCACCCUCCUCUGGCUACAACACCUCCAGUUACGGUGCCCCCAGCUCUGGUUACAGCGCCCCCACUCCUGGCUACAAUGCGCCUGAUCCAUCUCAGCCCAGACAGCAGCAACAGCAGCCGCAGGGCCGCAAGAGACCUUAUGAAGAGCAGCGAGGGCGAGGGUAUUACGAACACCGGGAAGAUAAGAGGGGCCGAUCGCCUCAGCCUCCGGCAGAAGACGACGAAGAAGAGUUUGAUGAGACGCUAGUGGCCAUUGAUACAUAUAAUUGCGACCUGCAUUUCAAAGUCGCCAGGGACCGAUACAGCGGCUACCCACUGACCAUAGAAGGCUUUGCUUAUCUGUGGUCAGGUGCCCGAGCUACCUACGGAGUGAGGCAAGGGCGAGUCUGCUACGAGAUGAAGAUCAAUGAAGAAAUCUCUGUAAAACACCUUCCUUCCACAGAACCCGAUCCUCACGUGGUGCGCAUUGGUUGGUCCCUGGACUCUUGCAGCACUCAGUUAGGGGAAGAGCCCUUUUCCUACGGUUACGGAGGCACCGGGAAGAAAUCCAGCAGUUGCAAAUUCGAGAACUACGGCGAAACGUUCUCGGAGAACGACGUCAUCGCCUGCCUUGUUGACUUUGAGUGUGGGGAGGAGGUGGAGAUGUCCUUCAUGAAGAACGGGAAGUGGCUGGGCGUGGCUUAUCGGGCACGAAAGGAAGCGCUGGGCGGCCAGGCGCUCUUCCCCCACGUCCUGGUGAAGAAUUGCGCCAUUGAGUUCAACUUUGGGCAGCGGGAAGACACCUACUUCCCCGUACCCCCGGGCUUCACCUUCAUUCAGCACGUUCCGCUGGCCGAGCGCAUCCGUGGGACCAUAGGACCAAAGUGUAAAGCAGAGUGUGAGAUCCUCAUGAUGGUGGGGUUACCUGCUGCUGGCAAGACCACGUGGGCCAUAAAACACGCGGCUGCCAAUCCAGCGAAGAAAUACAACAUUCUGGGAACAAACGCCAUCAUGGAUAAGAUGAGGGUGAUGGGACUUCGGCGCCAGCGGAACUACGCGGGCCGCUGGGACGUCCUCAUCCAGCAAGCGACGCAGUGCCUGAACCGCCUGAUCCAGAUCGCCGCCCGGAAGAAACGCAACUACAUCCUGGAUCAGACAAAUGUUUAUGGAUCUGCCCAGAGACGAAAAAUGCGUCCUUUUGAAGGUUUCCAACGCAAGGCUAUUGUAAUUUGUCCCACGGAUGAGGAUUUAAAAGAUCGAACAAUAAAGCGCACUGAUGAGGAGGGGAAGGAUGUGCCAGAUCAUGCAGUGUUAGAAAUGAAAGCCAACUUCACGCUGCCGGAGGCUGGCGACUUCCUGGACGCGGUGAUCUACAUCGAGCUGCAGCGGGACGAGGCGGAGACGCUGGUGAAGCAGUACAACGAGGAGGGCAAGAAAGCCGGGCCCCCGCCGGAGAAACGCUUCGACAACCGGGGCGGCGGCGGUGGUGGCUUCCGGGGCCGCGGUGGCGGCUUCCAGCGCUUCGACAGCCGCGGGGGUGGCGGCAGCCCACAAGGAGGCAGUCGUGGCGGCUUCCAGAACCGAGGGGGCAGCGGAGGCGGCUUCCGGGGCGGCGGGGGAGGGGGCAGCGGAGGAGGUGGCGGCAGCAGCGGAGGAGGAGGAGGCUUCAACCGGGGCAGCUACACUCAGAAUCGCUGGACAAGCGGCACCAGAGACAACACCUCCAGCCCCCGGGGCAGCUACAACCGGAACACCCAGCCGCAGAGCAGCUACAGCCCCGCUCGCAACCAAAGUAGCUACAAGCCCCCCAGCAGCACGCCCCCCACCACCACCAGCACCCCCAGCAGCUACAGUCAGCAGCAGCAGCCAAGUUACCCCCAGCCCUACACCCAGGCGAGCUACACCCAAGGAGGAGGGUACACUCCCAACUACAACUAUGGAAGCUACAGUGGUUAUAGCCAAAGCUACACCCAGCCUCCACCACCGACAGCACAGACCUACAAUCAGCAGAACUACAACCAAUACCAACAGUACGCCCAGCAGUGGAGCCAGUACUAUCAGAACCAGAGCCAGUGGCCUCCAUAUUACGGCAGCUACGACUACGGGAGCUAUUCCGGCAGCUCCCAGGGAGGCUCCAGCGCUCAGUGAAGGCCAGCAGGAGUUAAGGAGAUCACACCCCCGCGUCUUUCUCUGGGAGCAGCCUGCAGCCCCUCGGGAAACCUCCGCGUUUCACUCAGCGGCUCCGUCAGAGCGGUUCCUGAUCAUCUUUGGAAACAGGCAAGGGAAGUGGGACCUCCGCCCCUUGUUUUCUCUCUGUAGUUUUGACGAUGAAUGCGUUUCCUUGUACACUUUCGACAGACAAUGGCAUGCUCCCUUCUUCCUACCCUAUAAGAAAGUUGCAUUAUUUCUCUCCAUGUGUUUAAAACCAUCUCCUUUCUAUUUUUUGACUCUGAAAAUGGUAGGAUCUUAACCAGCUCCCCUGUUCUAGGUACUGUACUCCCAGGCCAGGACUCUCCUUGUCUAAAAUCUACAGUAGCAAAGGGCCAGCUCUGGCCCUGAUAGCCUUCUCCCUUCUCCCCUACGCUACACAAUCGUGCUAGUGAGAACUUCCAAGACUUCACUGCAGUUCAAUGUCAGUCUCUCCUGGAGGUGUUAUAUUCAUCUAUUCUGCAAAACAUUUUUAAAAUAAAAAAAGAGGGAGGGGAGAUGGCUGUUUUAUGGUAAUUAUGCUUUUUUUUUUAGAUUUUAUGUAACUUUUUACCGUGGGUCAGCAGCUGUUAAUAUUUCAUCAAGAUAACAAUUUCUUUGCUCAAUCCAGGUGAGAAAUAAAAGAAACCAUCUUAAAUGUGUAACUUUUUAUACAAUGUCUAAGUUUCUGUCACUUUGCACAUGCUUUGUUUUGAGUUGAAUUGUAACAGCUUUUUGUAUUUGGAGAAAGAGUGAAUAUUGAACUUUAA